CCGAUGACUUCAUAUACAGACAAAGUCCGCAGGUGAAGAAAUUAUGGUCCACACCGAAAUUAUGGCCAAACAAAACAGACUGGGGGCAUUGUGUUUGGUCUUUCUUCUACGACUUGUACCUGUUGCUGUACAAGGUAAGUGUCUUUGUGUCGAACUCGUCUAAAGUCAACUGGUACUUUUGCCUUGUUGAAAACAGCAUUUGAAUCUCGGAUAAUUACACUGACGUUAAGUUACCGGACAGUCACAUGUUUUGGUUCCAACUUCAAAAUUUUUUCUUAUUCCAGUUACUAUAAUUAAAGAUUAAAUUAAGCAAACUUUGAAUGCACGGCUUAAACAACUACAAGCUGGUCAUUUCUUUGUUACAUUAUUUUUUUUGACACCUUUGCUUAGAUUACGCUCUUUCUGUUGCAAAUCAAUCGAAAUUCUUUAGCUUUUCCAUUGUACGUGCGGCUGCCAUGGAUAUGAAAGUCCGUUCCGUCUGUCAAAAUAUUUACUUGGGCUUGAAUUUUUACUGGGGUCAAACCACUUUAAUACAGACAAUGAGGGGGGCAGAGAAAAUGUCCGUAUUAUAAAGAGGGUUGAAUUUAGAGCAGAUGUAAGGGCUUUCUUUCCCUAGGGACAAAGCAAACUAUCCGUUGUUAUGAGGUGUCCAUAUUAAGCGAGUGCCCGUGAGGCUGGUUUUGUCUGUAAAGUUAAUGUAAAUGCCUGUUGAAAUCAACAAAUGUAAAUCUUUUAAUUUCAUGAAAUUCUUUGUCGUACUUGGCUAGUCCCAGGAGUAUUCGAAAUAAUGGAGAUGAAUGUAAUCAUAAAAACCGCGCUACACUCCUUCAUAUUUCCGGAUUGAACUGAACCUUAGCACGCCAAUAAUCAGAUGCGUCCCAGUAUCAAAGGCGCGUGAUUUUUAGUAACUUGAGUGCUGCAAACUUAAUAAGAACGAUUCGAAGAUUUUAUUUUCUAGGACGUUUUCCCACAUAAUUACAGACCUAUUAACUGAAGAGUGGCGAAACUGAUCAAGAAUCAAUCAAUCCUUUUGACUUUAAGUAAUUUCUGAUAAAGUACAAUUUGACGGUACUACGUUUCUCCAUUCGGUUCCUGAUACGAUUACGAUAAGAUGUCAGAAUGACUCAUCAUUGUUUCUGAUUUCGCUAGGGUCGUGGGAUUAGGUAGCACUUGGUAAUAUGCGGUUUGUGACAAGUAAUAUUGAACUUUUUCACCAAAUAAGUGAAUUCACGGAUUGGGUCUGAAUCAUAAGUGUCGGCAAAUUAUUUUGACACAGUUCUAUAGCAAGUACUUUCAGAAAUGGCUGUAUUCACAGGCCACUUUCAGGGAGAUGUUGUUUGUUUGUUUCUUUUUCACUUUCAGGCUUUUCAAAACUACUUUUGGAAAGUGAUCGAAUAUCAUGACAAAUGACGAAAUAAGUCUCUUAACAUAUCGUAACCUAAAAUGUGAAAUAUCAAUGAUAUUUCAAUUCAUGCCCAUCACACUGACUUGAAUAAACAUCUUUGUUGGCUUUCACGGCUUUCUUUGGAAUUGUCAUAGUUAACCCCUUGAGAGUGAUCAAAAUAAAUCUUUUCCUUGUGGUUAACCAGCCCAAUCAAAUACAAAAGUUGUGAGGAAAAAGGAGAACUUUCCUUCUUUGGUUAUGUUUCCUUGUGAUGAACUAUAGGCGAUAUUGGAUACCAGUGCAAUAUAAUUAAACGUAGCUCGGUAGAUAUUCUCCCACUAUUCAUCACGAUUUCUUAGAAUAAUUUUUAAUUACUGUUUUCCGAGCGUAGCGACUUUAUAAUCUCGUCGCGCGCGAAGCGCGCGCACAGUUUGCUAACCGCGCGUGGUCUUAGACAGCUGCAAAAUAAAAAUGUUUAAGAAAUUCUCACCAUGUGUACUAUAGCAAAUGUACGAAUAACGCUAUGGAGAAAAUGCAUCCAAUUUGCAGCAACCAGCUGACAUUUCUAAGUUAUAAGUUAUCCAACAAGUCUCUAAUAAUACUUUUCAAUUUGGCGCCUUCACAUUCCGUUAAUUUUAAUGGUGUUGGGGGCUGAAUGGUUCUCACUUGGCUGGUUAACGAGGGAACCGAGACUCGGUUCUUCUACUGUUGUACUUCUGUGACUUUAUUCUUCUCGGCGUUCUACCGCUAUAACAACUCUUUCUCAACUAUUGCAAUGCUUCUUUUACUAGCAAGCCCAUCACCAGCGAAUUAAAUAACCAAAUUGUAGACGUGCUUGGGCUAGCUGACCGUGAGAACUGUCCAUCUCAUAUGGUCUCAUAUCCUGUCGAUAACCUGUCGCUUAACUUGUGGAGAAUAAAAAACUCUACACUUUCGUAAUUGACAAGUACCAAAGUAACAAUAGAAUCGCAAAGUUAAUGCAAAUUGAUAUCAAAGAUUUCCAGAAGCUUUUCAAUGAUAGCAUUACUGUUACAAAAAAGCUCCGAAGAGUUAAGCAAUUACUAUUUAUGCACCAGUUAUUCUCGCAUUAUAGACUGCCUAGUAAAACAAGAAAAUCAAGCCCACAUGGUUUCGCACUUUUUUCUAGACUGCAAGACAGUCGUGUUUUUUUCCUCCGAGUUAGUUUCAAGGCGCGGGUUUUCGCGCGAUCGGUCAAACGAUAGGUCUGGAGCGAGGGUGUGAACAAGUGUUUUGCAGUCUAACUAAUUUUUUUCCUGGCCGACAGAAUUUUUUUAUGUUUAUUACAUGUAUCUGUGCCUAUUAAUAAUUCCAUGUUCGAAUGCCCCUAAAUGACUAAUUAAAUAUAAUGGAGAAAAUGCUUUUGAAAAAACAAAACAAAACAAAACAAAACAGGUCUGUAUCCCGGGUAUAAUAGCAAUAAUCUGAACUGUGUACUUGGUGUAAUGACCACGUAAAUUGUUUAAACUGGGUCCAGGCCAUCUACUUUAUUCCCCAUUAACCCCGUUAUUACUAUUCUUGCGCUCUAUGUGCUCUAUUUGCUAAACGCCUCCUCUAACCCUGAAAUUCGUCGACAGGCCCGUUGGAGGAAUAGCCUUUCCGGAAACGCGCAACUCUAACUCUAGCACUAAGCAUAAGCUUCGUGAGAGAUAGCAAUGUUCCUGGUCAUGUAACACAGGAUAAACUUAGCAUCCCUCUUACUGCUUCGUUACAAAUACCCUACAUUCUCCUUAAAAAAACAUGGUAAUAGCUUUUGAGUAAGAAGAUUUAUCAAGAGAAAAUUUUUAGUGGCAGAUGUCGCUAGUAUAGUGUAAAAGACUCGACAAGAACGCUUUUUAAAACGAGCAGGAACGUUGUCAAAAAAAGUCACAGAUCUUUGUCGGCGCAGGUAAUAUAAUUUUUUUUAACUGUACACGCACUUGUGAAAGAUAAACAAAUAAAUAAGAAAAUAAAAAACAACUAGCCGAUUGUAUUCUGUCAUAAUUUUGUAUGAGCUAAAAAUUGAUUUUAUGUCUUCCUUUGUAUUACUUGUACUUGGAUUCCUCACUCACUUAGGUGAUUGUGGCUCACGCCCAUUGACUCAAGCACGUAUCGUCGGCGGUACAGAAGCAGCUGUGAACUCAUGGCCAUGGCAGGCGAUGCUACUGACACACCGAGGCCGUACGCAGUUUUGCGGAGGCACUUUGGUCGAUCCUUUGUGGGUUGUAACAGCUGCUCACUGCGUUGUAGUCCUUAGGCCGUCAGACAUGUUUGUCAGGUGAGAACAUUAUUAUAGUAGUAAAGGGGGUCUAUUCUUCCACUAGUCAAUCAGUGUCGAAAAUUGUGUCCCGCGUGACCUGAAGGGACGCUCUCCCUGCAAAGGAAACGGAAGAUAUCAAAAGAAACCAGGCCUCACCCCUGUCAACCAACCCCUAAAACGGUGUCCGUUGUGCUAUUCAUACGUGUAUAUGAUUGAAAGGUGACCAGUCCACUACGACUCGUUUGUCGAAACCCAGUACUACCAUUUAGUAGUUCUUCAGUAAUGUCAGGGACCUUAAAGCUAUCAUAAAACUACUGUUAAUAAAUGAACUCAAAGAACGACAUCGACUUGGUAAUUAUAACAGCUGAAAACCCAUGUAACGAACUCCUUCGUACAGGACACCAAGGCAAAACUAACAAACCACUUUGCCUAUUUACAGAUAACUGCUAUCCCGAGAUGAGAUCUAAAAGUACUGAGCCUAUGCUAUAGUGAACAUAUUCUACCAGUCCCUUAGCAUCUUCUUUUUUAACCUCAUAUGGCAUUUUUUAUCUCUUUAUAGUCCUCUUGCAAAUAUUUUUCCUUAUAUGUGAGUACGACUAAAUUACACCAAUUAGGCCGCAGGACCGGGCCCGUGGCCUGGACUACAGAUGCCUGGUAAACAGUUUAUUAGUUUAUUCAUCCAAGGAAAAAUUGAAAUACAUGCCUGGAAUGGCCCCAUGUAACAUGAUGUAAGGGAACUCGGAUUCCGGAAUCCGGAAAAUGUUUACUUGUGGAAACUGGAAUCUGGGAAAGUCUUGCUUUUGAAAUCCAGAAUCCUGGGCUUUGAAUUCCAGAAUCCAAGUUCCAAUGUCAAAGACUGCAAUCCAGUACCUGGAAUCCUGAAUCCAAGAAUGUCUUGAGUGCCCUUACCCGCGGCGAAUUGAAACUUACUAUACCAAGCAAUCAUAAUUAUAGCUUCUCCUAGCCUGCGUCCUAGACAUAAUUUAUCCUCGAUAAGUAACGUCUGCGAAGCAGCACCGAGAUCCUUGUUUUGCCCCCCCUCCCCCCUCCAACGGACUCAAAGAAUUACUGGAAGUGCGUUUCGAAUUUUCUUUCAUCCUGAUUGGACAAACAACAAUGGUUUUUCCAACAAGCCAAUCAUGGCGCGUACUCAAAUCCUGGUACAUAGGUGGGGGCCCAGAACAAGGAUUUCGGCUCUGUUUCGCAGACGGACUUAACUAGAGUUUAGUUUCGUCCAUUGCGAUGCGAUGCGACCUUGCGAUGCUCGUGUUAUACACGCGCGCUUCGCGCGCGACGAGAUUAUAAACCUCGCGGCUCGGCGCUUCGCGAGGAAUUAAGUAUCAUCAUAAUUAUUAUAAUGCAUGUCUUUAUGACCUUUUUUUUUUUUCUUUUUUACUAGAAUGGGAGCCCACUUUAGAGUAAAUGGUACUGUGGGUUCAGAACAGGAUAUAAAUGUUUUAGAAAUUAUCGUACACCAGGAAUACGGCAGGCAACUCUUCUACAGCAACGAUAUCGCUCUUCUAAAACUGGCAAAAGCAGUUAACCUCAACAAUCAAGUAGGAGCCGCUUGUCUGCCGGAUAUGAAUCUAUCCCUUGUUGGCAAAACAUGUUGGAUCACUGGCUGGGGUACACUGUAUUCAGGAGGAAUUCAACCAAACACCUUGAUGCAAGCUCAAGUACCCGUUGUUUCCAAACAAGUUUGCCUGCUAGCCUACCCGAACCAACUUGAUGACACUAUGCUCUGCGCAGGUACCAGGUUCGGUGGCGUAGACGCCUGUCAAGGUGACAGUGGCGGACCGUUGGUCUGUGAGUUUAGCGGCAGGUGGUUUCUUGAAGGAAUCAUUAGCUGGGGAAGAGGGUGUGCAGCUCCGAACACUUACGGGGUAUAUGCAAAUGUUCGCGUCCUUUUGCCAUGGAUUAAUGUUAAUAUCAACCGCACUAACAGAUCAGUAGCAGCAAGCAGGAUCUCUGCGACACUUUUAGGUAAGUAGACAGUGUGACUGAUAAAAACGCGAAAAUAGACGUUUUUUUUUUUUUCAAAACAAAAAACCUCACCCACAACCCUUAACUGUCUACAUACACUCAAAAAAAAUCCCAAAAAAUGAUGAAAAUGCUGAAAAUAAAGUGGAACCUAGAGCCACCGUAGAUUGAAAACUUUGAACAUCUUACGGAAUUAUUUUUUUUUAUCUGUUCGAGUAUGCAGUGGAGAAAUGCGUCAUUAGUUUUAAGUAUAUACUAAAACAGUGGAUAGUGUUUUUCGCGGGUUCUGAUUGGCUUCUCAAAUUUGGGAAUUGCAGUGCUAUUCAUCACCGAGCGACAAUUACGAGCAAAAUGUCCUUCCGGUUUGCAGCCGUAACAAACGAGGAAAUUUCACAAGUAAACGAAUCGAAGAGGCGAUGAAAUUCGGUUUGGCAGGUUUUAACACGUAAUGCUUUGUCCGUUUAACCUGAAUUAAUGAAUCGAUGAAACCGGUGAGAAAUUUCCUUUUACAAAUGCAAAUUAAGUCUUGUUUUCAGAAAUAAGCUUAAGACCACUUUUUUUACUGGAUGGUUUCAAAUGCAAAAAGAAUUCACAACUCUUUUUGAAGAAAUGCCCUCCUAAGAACUAAGCAAAUGGCUUCAUUGUUUUCUCGGGAAAAAAAAGUUGCGGCUGUUCUAUCAUUUGCGUGACAUAUUGCAAUCGUCGGCAGCAAUAAAUGACUUAAAAACCAUUAUUUUAGUGCUCAAUUAUCCCACUGUUUUAGUACAUUUACCUUGCCGCUUCGCUGCUAGGUAACCGCCAACUACCUCCACUUCAGGGUAUAACUGUUAUUUAUUCAAUGACAUUAACAUAACAUUUUUUCAACUAAUUCUGACGAGCUCGCGUGCCUGUGUAGCCUCCCACGCAGACGUUCGUUGGGGUUUGCCCCUCGGGCAGGAACGCGAGACGAACCCCGUAAGAACGUCUGUGUCGGAGGCUAGCCCGUGUGACCAACGGGAAAAAGGGGAAAUAGGCCGCUUGGACGGUGGCGUCAUUUUCAGACCGGAAUCCUUCAAGUUUUUGCUUUCUUGUACAUAACAAGGCUAAAGUUUUUUAUUUAAACCUUACUGGGAUUACCAAACUUGAAUAUGCAACAAAAAUUGAAAUGAAUUCUGGUCUUAGUAGUAAAAAGACAUCAUCGUGCAAAUGGGGCUAUCAUCGCUCAACAAUUUUACUGUUAUUUCAAAGGUACAACCCCGGACAAAACCUGUUAAGACAAAUCGCGAAAACGCCCAUUUUUUCCUAUCAUCCUGACAAAAACUGAAACCUCCGCCAAAUGAAUGCCCGAUUUCCUCCCUCCCCUUAUUCAAAGUUGUUUAGGAUAGUAUGGCAAUUAUACACGUUGGUUUUUAGACCAAGACAACUUUGAAUAGGGGGUGGGGAGGAGGCUUCCUUUUUCUGUUUAGAGGAGACAGGAGUAGGGUUCAAAAGUUAGAAAAUAGACGUGUGGGUGCGUAUUUUCCCAAAACAGAGGAAAAAAAAACUCCGUUUUUGGAAAUAGCCCGCCUUACAGUUUGCAAUUACAACCAAAACAAACAACUUGAAAAUAGCUUUUUUGGCAAAGAGUUUAACUGAGAAAUUUCGGUGUUCUAAUAUUGAACUCUUUGUUUCAAGGCAGUGCAAGCAUGUCCCGCAGUUUUACCUUGGGGAUUUCACCGUCAAGCAGUUUUUGGCCUUCAGCUAUCACACCGCCAACGUCAACUUCAGUUUCUGUGGCUGUUUCCAUGUCUGUGAUCGGUGUUGGCCCACUUUCUGAACGAGAUUCUUCAAGUAUCUCUCCUUCAGAUGUCCGGAGGAGCAUAUCGCCGUCUCUAGCACCAAAAGCUAGGACGAUCAUUAAUAUUCUUCUCAUUGGAAAAUUGAUCUGGAUGCU